GUGGCCAUUAAAAGUAAAUGUUUGGGUAGGUAUUUUGGAAAACCACAUAUGGAACUCUUAUUUAACCAGUGAAGUAUAUCUGGAUAUCUCGAAAUGUAAGAAAAUGCAAUUGGAUCAUUAAUUCCCUAAAUUAUGGAAGAUAAUUUAAAUAAAUUUGAUAACUUGGAAAUAACGUUCCAACAAGAUGGUGCAACUCUAUCACAGGACCUAACCUAAACACCUCAAAAUUUUUUUCAGUGGGGAUACCUUAAAUCUAAAGUUUACGCUAUAGCACCUGGCAUUGUUGACGUUUUAAAACAUCGAACUUGAAAAAUGUACGGCAAUCACUCCUGGCACAUUUCAUCAAGUCCAACAAUCUUAAACAUCAAAACAUAGCGAAUAAAAAAAUAUAAUGGUUGAAUAGGUAUUCUAAAUAUUUUCCAAACGAGGUUACAUUUGCCUAUUUAAUAUUAUUGGUUUCAGUUACCUGGUGACGCUACGAUGCCUAUUAUAUCACCUGUUACUACUCUACAGAGAAGAAAUAGUACUUUUUCACGCUCCCAAUUUCAUCAGUCUAAGUAUCACCAUUCAGAAAGAAAAGAGGGGGAGGGAACACUUGAAAAGUGAUGUAUAUCAUAAAAUCAUUAAAUAGUGUGAAAAAGAAAUCAUUACAUAAAAUUUGAGAAAUGGCUUGUAACGAGGCAGUUCUGAAAUUUUUGGAAUAUCACAACCGGCCAUAUUCUGCAAAUGAUAUCCAGAGUGGAGUAAAAGGUGAUUUUGGAAAAUCUGCUGUUAUGAAAGCAUUGUUUUUUUUGGUUCAAAAGGGAAAAAUACUUGAGAAAACAUAUGGAAAGCAAAAGAUAUACUGCAUAAUUCAAAAUGCUAUCGAAUCAUCUUCAGAUUUGCAAGAGCGACUUUUAGAAUUGGAUAGAGAUAUAAACGAGAAAACUUUGCAGCUAAAAGAGCUUCGUGACGAAUGUAAAAGGAAAACGAAGUUAGUAUCAGACAUAAAAGGAAAAGUCAGUCUAACCUCUGCAUUAUAUAGAAAAGCAAAUCUCGAAAAAGAAAUCGAGGAUAUUGAGAACACGUUAAAGGGAUAUAGUGAUUGUGAAGUUAUUUGUUCGCAGAAAAAGCAAGAAGUUUCAAAAGAAUUUGAGAAAUAUUUAAAGGAAAUGAAAAACAGAAGGCGGAUUGGUCUUGAUAUUUUGAAUACAAUUCUAGAUAGUUAUCCAAAAACUAGAAAACAGUUGUGCGAAGAUAUUGGUAUUGAAACUGAUGAAGGUGCUGGAUUUUCAGUUGAUAAAUUCCAAUAAUUCUUAAGCGAGUUGUGUUGACAAUGAGAAUGUAGAUGAUAAUAAAUAUUAUAAUUUCAUGCUGUUAAAUAAGAAUUGUAAUUUUACUUCAAGUUGCCGCGUUAUUUGUAAUAAAUAUAAAAAAUA